AUGCUACCAUACCUUAUACGGAAGGCCGCAUCUUGUGAGGCUAUGGAGACCUUCAAACUUACAGCUCUCACCUUUUCCAAGGAUACACAAGUUGCCCAGGUAGAGGACAGACGGCACACCGGCAUGAUGUCUUUCAUGUUUGUUGAGUCUCAUGUAUCUGGCGGAAUUGCGAGUGUGUACUCCGUAUCUGAAGACAUGAUUUGUGAAUGGGCCAAGAAACUAGCCGUCGAGAUGUUUGAGCUCUGCUGUGGGGACAUUGAAGAUGUUUGA